AAGAAGAAGAAGAACGUCAAACGGUGGAAAGAUGGCUACGGAACCAAACAAGACCGAAAUCCUGACGAUUUUCAAAAGAUUAAGAUCAAUUCCUACCAAUAAGGCUUGUUUUGACUGUGCUGCCAAAAACCCAAGCUGGGCUAGCAUCUCCUAUGGCGUUUUCCUGUGCAUCGACUGCUCUGGCAUCCAUCGUUCACUGGGAGUUCAUCUCAGCUUCAUCAGAUCCACAGAGUUAGACUCCAACUGGAGCUGGUUUCAGCUCAGAUGUAUGCAGGUUGGAGGGAACGCCAAUGCGACGGCCUUCUUCCGUCAGCACGGCUGCUCCACCAACGACACCAACGCCAAGUACAACAGCCGUGCAGCCCAGAUGUACAGGGAGAAGAUUCGGCAGCUGGCCAACGCAGCGUUGUCCAAAUAUGGAACUGAGCUUUGGAUCGAUUCUUCCGCAUCUGCUGCCCCUGACAAGAAGGAGGAAGACUUUUUUGCUGAACAUACUCAGCCUACCAGUGAUUGGAACAUAGCACCCCCUUUAGAGCAGAAUGGAUCCUCUGUCUCCCUGCAGAUGGCGGACACAACGUCCAAAGCCCAGGAUGACGGCCAGCCAGAGGAAGGACCCAGCAUCGAGGGUCUGAGCACGUCGCCUCAAGCUUCUAUCGAGAACUCCAUGCGUUUGGCACCGCAGUACGGACGGACGCCUAAAGAAGUGAAGCCAUCCAUCAUUGGGAAGAAGAAGCCCAUGGCUGCUAAGAAAGGGCUCGGUGCUAAGAAAGGCCUCGGUGCGCAGAAGGUGAGCGGGAAGAGCUUCUCUGAGGUGGAGAAACAGGCUCAGGUGGCUGAGAAGAUGAGAGAGGAGCAGGCAGCGGAGGCAAAGAAGCAGGCUGAGGAGUCCAUAGUGGCCUCCAUGCGCCUGGCCUACAAGGAGCUGGAGAUCGACAGGAAGAUGGAGGACAAGAAGCUCCGGAACCUGGAGGGGAAGAAGAGGGAGCAGGCUGAGCGGCUGGGGAUGGGCUUCGGCAGCAGGAGUGUCAUGUCUCACUCGGUGAUGUCAGAGAUGCAGGUGAUUGAGCAGGAAACUCCUGUUGGAGCCAAGUCUUCCUCCCGCUCCAAGCUGGACGUGUUCGACGAGCCAGGCUUCACUUCUGGACCCCCGAAGUAUAAAGACAACCCGUUCUCAGUUGGGGACAGCUUCGGGUCCCGCUGGGACGCAGACGGAGGAAGCGCCUCUUUUACAUCAUCCUGGGCUCUGGAGAAGGAGGAGCCCAAAGAGGAGGUGACCAUCUCCAGCAUUCAGCCAAUCGGAGAGAGGCUUCCCAGCAGGAGGAAAGCCGAGGCGUCCUCUGCCAUGUCCGAGUCCAGUGAGGCCAGGGAUAAGUUCGCCAACGCCAAGGCCAUCUCCUCAGACAUGUUCUUUGGUCGGGAGAGCAACGCCGAGUACGAGGCGAAGACGAGGCUGGAGGGCAUGUCUGGCAGCACCUCCAUCAGCUCGGCCGAUCUGUUUGGAGAUGACAGCGACCCCAGAGGCAGGGCAUCGGACUUCGACAGCGUCCUGCCUUCCGGCCCGGACAUCGCACAGUUCAAGCAGGGAGUGAAAACCGUGGCAGGAAAGAUGGCCGUCCUCGCUAACGGCGUGAUGAACACCAUCCAGGAUCGCUACGGAUCGUACUGAGCGCCGGCAGCCGAUCGGAGGGAAAACGUAAUGCCUCCCGAUUGACCUGUGCAUUUGGACAGAGGCGGGGGAGCGUUUGCAUGGAGAAGACGGCGUCCCUGCUGCCCGUCUUCCACUAGGACAGUAUUCCCUUCCCCCAUUAGCAGAAUCUUGAGUUUUAUUUUCAUAAACCAUCAGAAAAUAAGAAAUCUUUUCUAAAACGGCCGUUUCUGUCCAACCUGCUGGUCUUAGAGUUUCAACAUGAUGUCUUUAUUUUUCUUAAUUCAGAAAUCUAUGUGAUUUUGAUUGAGAACAUUUAAAGUAUUUGUUUUAUUGUGCGAUUUAAGAACAAGCUGCUGUGUUUUGUUUCAGUUCAGGAAUCCAUCGUGUUUUAAAGCUGCUGACUUCUAGUGAAGUUUGGCUGUUUUUUCUUCUACAUGAAGCACUGAUUUCAGAGCCAUCCUGAGCUGAUUGCGCAGCAGGUUCUUACCUCUGCUCCCAUUAAAAACGGUUCAGCUAGGAGCUCAGACCUGAGUGCCGCCUCCAGCUCCAGGAUCUGACUAUGCAUCCUCACUUACGCAGCGUUUCCUGUUCGAACCUCAGGUCUGCUGCAGCUCGCCUCUGAUUCAAAAUUCUGGGAUUGUUUUCAGGAAAUUAAUCUUUGGCUUCAGAAAGUGUGGGCUUCCUGAAGCUCGUACUAAAUGUUUGGAGCAGACCUGACGUUCAGCAGAUGUUUAUUAUUUCCUUUAUGUUCUGACCCAACAGUGUCCAAUCACAUGAAAGGAUCAAACUAUUUAUUUGUAGGCUACAAAGAACCAUAUCCAGUAUGUCAAUAAAGAUGGAAAGCCUUCAGUUUCUCUCA